UGGCUCCGAGCUUCCCUCCACACCGCUGUAAUUACAGCAUUUAUCACCGGGAAUUAUCUUUCGUGAUGUUAAACAGCCGUCUGGGGGAGGAACUGCCCAACACGGUGUCCAGCGACGCAAUCGGAAGAGACUGUGGACGCCUGAACUACAGACGUAUUUAACAAACCUCCUGCGUCGCUAUUGAAGAAAUCCUGUGGCUGGGUUUGCACUGAUCAGAGCGGGAAAACAACAGCAAUAAGAUGUUAAGCAGUUAUGCUGUUGUCUUUAUCUCUAUCUUACUGUUUGGGCAACUGGCAGCGUGUCGAGGGAUGACCCACAUGGUGAGAAUGUUGACGGAGAAGAGAGGCUGGACCCUUAACAGCGCUGGAUAUCUGCUGGGACCUUAUGCACACAGAACGCUGACUGUGCGACAUGGAGCGUCGCUGGGGAAACGGCAGGACAGGGUGUCUCACCACCGCAGCGACAACCUGGGCUCCUACUUUAUGUAUUUACUCAACGUGAUCACCUACCUGCGUUUAAAAGAGAUGGGAGCGCUGCAGGAUGGGCAUGGUCACCUUGAGAUGGGAGCGCUGCAGGAUGGGCAUGGUCACCUUGAGAUGGGAGCGCUGCAGGAUGGGCAUGGUCACCUUGAGUCCAGGCUGUAGAGCUAACCCCUCUCUGUGCUCAUGUUCCUCCUGCCAUUUACAACCUAAAUAAACAUGAUGACCAGCCCAGAGCUUGUGUACUGAAUGUGAAAUCCAGAAACUGUAAGAUCCAGAGAGUAGUCUGCAAACAUGUUUCUCAAAUGUAGGUUUAUUCAAAGUGAUAUGCAGACAUAGAUGUACUGUAUUGCAUGUUGUACCGAAACUCCAGAAGGUGUAGAUUAAAAAAAGCUCCGGAAGAGGAGGGGCUUUGAUGGGGGGGGGGGAUUCUGUCCAGCUAACAAAU